AUGGCGAUUUUUCAAGCCAGGACGUGGUUCUCUAGAACCUUCUCGACCGUUGCUUCUCAUCCUCUGCGCGUCUGUGUUGUCGGAAGUGGACCUGCUGGCUUCUACACUGCUGAGAAGAUGCUGAAGGCGCAUCAGGAAGCACAGGUGGAUAUCAUUGAUCGUUUGCCAACGCCUUUCGGGUUAGUCCGCUCCGGCGUCGCACCUGAUCAUCCUGAAACCAAGAUUGUGGUCAACCAGUUUACGCGGGUUGCACAACAUGAACGCUGCACGUUCUUUGGAAAUGUAACUCUUGGUUCCUCUGUAACUCUCCCUGAGCUUCGUGAGUUGUACGACGUGGUAGUGCUUGCCUAUGGUGCCGAAAGUGAUAGAGUUCUUGGUAUCCCCGGAGAAGAUUUGAGUGGCGUAUAUGCAGCGAGAGAAUUUGUUUGGUGGUAUAAUGGGCACCCAAAUUGCAGAUACCUAAACCCCGACUUGAAGAGCUCUGAUACAGCUGUAAUUCUUGGUCAGGGCAAUGUAGCUCUUGAUGUUGCACGCAUUCUUUUACGACCAACAACAGAGUUGGCUUCAACUGAUAUUGCGAGCCAUGCUUUGGCAGCUCUUGAGGACAGCUCUAUAAGGAAAGUGUAUCUGGUCGGGAGGCGGGGACCAGCCCAAGCAGCUUGCACUGCAAAAGAGCUGCGUGAAAUUAAUGGUAUCAAAGAUCUGCAGAUUCACAUCAAGGAAGCUGAUCUACUCACAACCCCAGAAGAUGAGGAAGAGAUGAAGAACAAUCGAAUUCGAAAAAGGGUUUAUGAGUUGCUCUCAAAGGCAGCCACGACAAGGGCUUCACACCCCAGUUCAGAUCCACGUGAAUUGCACUUUGUUUUCUUUCAGAAACCAGAUAAGUUUCUAGAAUCUAACGAGAGAAGUGGCCAUGUUUCUGGUGUCAGACUCGAGAAGACAAAACUCAUAGGUGAUAGACCAGGAGAACGAAUGGCUGCAGGUACUGGACUGUUUGAAGAUCUUGGAUGCGGGAUUGUGCUUAAGAGCAUCGGUUACAAAUCAAUACCAGUUGAUGGAUUACCCUUCGAUCAUCGGAAAGGUGUGGUUCCAAAUAUUAGAGGGCGAGUUCUAAGUGAUACAUCCGGAGAUCCUAUGCUGCUCGAGAAGGGUUUGUAUGUAUGUGGAUGGUUGAAGAGAGGACCAACUGGGAUCAUUGCUACAAACCUCUAUUGUGCAGAAGAAACUGUUGCAAGUAUAUCUGAAGACCUUAAGCAAGGAGUAUUGGCAUCAUCAUCUAGCUCAGGCAGGGAGGGUCUCCUCCAAUUGCUGGAUAGUCGAAAUGUUAGAGUUAUACCAUUUGGUGAAUGGGAAAAGAUAGAUUCAGAAGAAAGGAGGCUUGGGAGUUUAAGAAACAAGCCCAGGGAAAAAUUAGCCACGUGGGAGGAGCUUCAGAAAGUAGCCACAGAGUAA